CGACGAGGCCCAGAGGGAGCGGUUCGGCGCCGGGCGGCCUUGGCGCGGGGAUCAUGCUGCUCGCUGGAGUAAAUUGCAACCGCUCAGGGAUCGUUUCUCAGAGCCUCAAGAGCACGAGUUCAGAUCAGUGAGGCCGGCCCGCCCGCCCUGCUCUGACCUGCUCGGAAGGGGAGGAUGGAUUUAUCAGGGAUGAAAAAGAAGAGCUUGCUCGGAGUCAAAGAAAACAAUAAAAAGUCCAGCACCAGGGCUCCGUCUCCCUCCAAACGCAAAGACCGCGCGGAGGAGAAGUCGAAGGACCGAUCGAAGGACAAGGGGGGCACCAAGGAGUCGGACAAGGACCGCGGGCGCGACAAGGCGCGCAAGAGGCGCAGCGCUUCCAGCGGCAGCAGCAGCACCAGGUCCCGCUCCAGCUCCACGUCCAGCUCCGGCUCCAGCACCAGCACCGGCUCCAGCAGCGGCUCCAGCUCCUCGUCGGCUUCCAGCCGCUCCGGCAGCUCCAGCACCUCUCGUAGCUCCAGUUCCAGCAGCUCUUCGGGGUCCCCGAGCCCCUCGCGCCGCCGCCACGACAACAGAAGACGCUCGCGGUCCAAAUCCAAACUGCCCAAGAGAGAUGAGAAGGAACGGAAGCGGCGGAGCCCGUCCCCCAAGCCCACCAAAGUGCACAUCGGGAGGCUCACCCGGAACGUGACCAAGGACCACAUCAUGGAGAUCUUUUCCACCUAUGGGAAGAUCAAGAUGAUCGAUAUGCCCGUGGAAAGGAUGCACCCCCACCUCUCCAAAGGCUACGCUUACGUGGAGUUCGAGAGCCCGGACGAGGCAGAGAAGGCCCUGAAGCACAUGGACGGCGGACAAAUCGACGGCCAGGAGAUCACGGCCACGGCGGUGCUGGCCCCCUGGCCGAGGCCCCCCCCGCGGCGCUUCAGCCCCCCGAGGAGGAUGCUGCCACCGCCCCCGAUGUGGCGUCGCUCACCCCCGCGUAUGAGGAGAAGGUCCCGGUCUCCGAGGCGCCGGUCCCCCGUGCGCCGCCGCUCUCGCUCCCCGGGCCGCCGACGCCACCGCAGCCGCUCCAGCUCCAACUCGUCCCGGUGAUGGCCGGGACUCGGUCGGUCCCAUCCUACGGAAUAGCGUACCUUUGUAACCGGGGGUCGGGGGAGGGGGUCGGGCCUG